AUGGGCGGCAUCGACCGCCACCACCACCACCACCACCAGCAGCAGCAGCAGCAGGGCCAGCAGGGCAACCUCUCGCGCUCCGAGACGCCGGGCCUCCCCAACGGCGGCGCCGGCGGUGGCCAGCCCGGCCAGGGCGGCAAGCUCCUCCUCCAGGGCGGCCUCCCGCUCGCGACGAGCUCGUUGAUCCAGCCGGGCAGCGUCCACGGCGCCCAGGCCCAGAGCGAGAACGAGAAGGUCUACUACCUCAUCGUCGACCUCAUGAACCCGCAAACCCGCGAGGCGGCCCUCCUCGAGCUGAGCAAGAAGCGCGAGCAGUGGGACGAUCUCGCCCUCGUCCUGUGGCACUCGUUCGGCGUCAUGUCGGCGCUGCUGCAAGAGAUCGUGUCGGUGUACCCGCUCCUCGCGCCGCCGUCGCUCACGGCGCACGCGUCGAACCGGGUCUGCAACGCGCUCGCGCUCCUGCAGUGCGUCGCGUCGCACAACGACACGCGGUCCCUGUUCCUGUCGGCCCACAUCCCCUUGUUCCUGUACCCUUUCCUCAACACGACGUCAAAGACGCGCCCGUUCGAGUACCUGCGCCUCACGUCGCUCGGCGUCAUCGGCGCCCUCGUCAAGCAGAACGACAACAGCGACGUCAUCAACUUUCUCCUGUCGACCGAGAUCAUCCCGCUGUGCCUGCGCAUCAUGGAGACGGGCAGCGAGUUGAGCAAGACGGUCGCCAUCUUCAUCGUCCAGAAGAUCCUCCUCGACGAGGUCGGCCUCGGCUACAUCUGCCAGACGUACGAGCGCUUCUACGCCGUCGGGACCGUCCUCAGCAACAUGGUGCAACAGCUCGUCGAGACCCAGGCCGUCCGCCUCCUCAAGCACGUCGUCCGGUGCUACCUCCGCCUCAGCGACAACCUGCGCGCCCGCGAGGCCCUCCGUGCCUGCCUCCCCGAACCUCUGCGCGACGCGACCUUCUCGCCGCUCCUCAAGGGCGACAUGGUCACCAAGCGGUGCCUCGCGACGCUCCUCCUCAACCUCUCGGACCGCGUCGAGCCCAACUAG